AUGCAUAUUUAUAAUGAAUUUAAAUCAUCAUUCAUUAUUGUUGCAUUUCUUGGUUAUAUUUUUUUAGUUAGUGGUUUAAUUAUUAAUUUUUUACAAUUAUGUUCUUAUAUAAUAUGGCCAUUUAGUAAAGAAUUAUAUCGAAAAAUGAAUCGUUAUUUAGCCUUGGGUAUUUGGAGUCAAUUUACAUUCAUAGCACAAUGGUGGUCAAAAAGUGAUUGUACAUUGUAUAUGAAUCCUGAUGAUCUUGAAAAAAUUCAAAAAGAACAUGCUAUUGUUAUAAUGAAUCAUAAAUAUGAUAUUGAUUGGAUUGCUGGUUGGAUUAUUUGUCAACGUAUUGGUAUAAUGCAAGGAUCAAAAAUAAUUGGUAAACAAUGUCUUAAAUUAUUACCUAUUAUGGGUUGGUGUUGGAUAUUUACUGAAUCAAUUUUUAUACGACGUAUAUGGGAAAAUGAUCGUGAAACACUUGUUAAAGAUUUACGAAAAAUUCUUGAUAAUUAUCCAAAAAAUUGUUUUUUUAAUUUUUUACUUUUUUGUGAAGGUACACGUUUUACUGAAAAAAAACGAUUAAUAAGUAUGAAAAUUGCACAAGAAAAAGGUUUACCUGAACUUAAACAUCAUAUAUUACCACGUACAAAAGGUUUUACUUUAUUAUUACAAGGAGCAGAAGAUCGAAUCACAGGAAUAUAUGAUUUAACUGUUGGUUUUAAAAAAAGUGGAGCUAAACCAACACUUUUAAGCAUAAUACAAGGUCGUUCUUGUCAAGCAGAAAUAUUUGUUAGACGUAUUCCACUUUCUGAAAUUCCAAAAGAUACUAAUGGAUGUAACAAUUGGGUUUAUAAAUUAUAUAAAGAAAAAGAUCAAAUUUAUGAUUAUUUUGUUCGUCAUGAUACAUUUGAAGGUAAUGGCUUAGCUCGUGUUGAAAUUCAAAGUAAUUAUUAUGAUCUAUUAAUUGAACUUAGUUGGAUGAUAAUCAUUGGAAUACCAUCAAUAUUUUAUCUUAUUAAAUUUCUUUGGACAAGUUCAUUUAUUGCUCAAUUAAUUUUUCUUAUUGUAGUUAUUCUUGCAAGUAUUGGUGUUCGAGCUAUGAUUGCUAUGACAGAAAUUGAACGUGGUUCACAUUAUGGUGAGAUAGAAAAAAAUGAUUAA